AAAGAGUUCUUAACUCGCGCGCCACUGUGGGAUCUACUUGGAGGUACAACUACAACAUCUACAUCGGCGAGUUACAGUCAGGCUGUUCUGGAGAAUCAAGACUACAUGUCGAAGAGCAUGAUUAUUAAAAAAGACGAGACGCAGACAUCAUCAUCAAGCGGACAACAAGACAAAGUUACAAAUUUUCCUGCGAUUCUUGGCAAGCUCUUUUCGAACGUGCGACGCAGGUUUGAGAGUGUCCAUCGACUGUCGUGGCCGAAGUGGGACAGUUUACUUGUUGGAGAGCUAGGGACCUACAGAAUUUGGCAAGAGGACAUGGUUUUUCCUCGUGGGCGCUGGAUCAUCAAUGAACUUGCAGGCCGCUUUCAACGCAGAAAUAGCUGUCACGGAGGCACAGCAGUGAUGUUGGCGUUGGCUUAUCACAUAUUCCUGUUUGAGCUCCAGUUGGGACACGCGCUCAGUGUUUUGCUAGAACUUGCGGAAUACAUUUUGCUGAAUCCGGUAUCGAC